AUGUCCUCCGAUCCUAUUAGCAAGUACGACUCACAUGGGUUCAACUUUUGCACCAGGCGAAGUGACACAUAUCCAUUCAUUUCACCCCUUCAAAAGCCGAACCUCCAAGGGCGAUAUGUUCUUGUCACAGGAGCAGGUCGAGGCAUUGGCCGUGCCAUUGCCGUCUCGUUUGCACGUGCAGGGGCUGCCGGUAUUGUCAUCAUGGACCUUUCACCAUCCGAGACGCUAGCAGAUGAGCUCGCCAAAGUAGCCACAGAGGCAGGACACCCAGCGCCAAAGAUCAUAAGCAGGACAGCGGAUGUGACCUCAAAGGACGAUGUCGUUGCUGUGGGAGAAGCCAUCCGCGCAGGUUUUGAUGGUAGGCUCGAUGCGAUCGUUCUGAACGCCGGUGUGCUCGAACCUGUACUAUACAUACCCGACCAGGAUGCGGUCAAGUGGUGGCGUUCAUAUGAAGUCUUUGUUCUGGGCGUGUUUCACUGUCUUCAAGUAUUCAUUCCUUUGCUGCGGGCCACCAAGGACGGCUUGGGGACUGUUCUCACUGUGAACAGUCAAGCCUCCACACUGCUACGCCCUGGGAUGUCCGGCAUGGCUUCUGCGAAGAUGGGACAGGCCAAAUUGCUGGAUUUUGUCAAUGCCGAGUACGGGCAAGCAGAAGAUGGAAGCACACCACUUAUCUCAUAUUGGGUACAUCCUGGUGCCGUGGCGCAUCCAGAGCGCAAAGACCUCCCACCCGCAUUGUCCAAGGUUCAAAUCGACAAGCCUGAAUUACCUGGAGAUUGCAUAACAUGGUUAUUGAAAGAAAGGAGACCUUGGUUGGCAGGGAGGUUUAUCAGUUGUAACUGGGAGUAA